GAAGCCAAUGCAUUGGCGUUUGUCUGCACAGUGUAUCGCGUUUGUUCGUGAGACAGGUGUACAUGAAAGUUGGGGUUAAUAAUCCCAAAUAAUCUUUCUUCUAUAACGCGAUUUAACCUUUUAGACGUAUUCCAAAGGUAAUCUGAUAACAGCAAUACAUAUAUGCAUCCAUUCUUUAACUUCUAGAGGAACAUCAACCUUCAAAAGGCUCACAUCAAGGAGUUAUUUAACUUUUUACACGUCGAGGAGUUCCAACGGCGACUGGAAGUUUGGAGUUGUGUGGAGUUCUACACCACUGGGACCACUCAACGCCGCACCCCUCUGGCCAGGCGAGGAGCAAAGUGGAGCGAGUCGUUGUAGCUCAGACCAAGGAGAUAUCUCCUUGCUCAGACCUCGCACGAUCUAACUUUUUAAUGAGCGACGGGUUUUAGAAGAUUUCCGAAGUCUAGGAAGACAUCCCUCGUUUGCACAUUGGAAAUUUCUCGUUUAGAUUGUCGGGAUCGAGAUUGGACCUCUCAUCGUUUGGACCAUUCGUGUAAAAUGGUGUCUGGAUAAGAUUGAGGAAUUACAGAAUAAUGUUGCAUGACGCGAGACCCCGACCUCGGGAAGACAAUCAUCGUCUUGGAGACGUUGUCCAUGGAUCCACAAUGGAGAACCAUAAUGGGAAGCCAAGAUGGAUCGUAAGAAAACUUUUGGCAAUUGCUACAACAUUGUUGCUGUUUUCUUCAUCUGCCCGUGCCCUGGAAAAUGAUCCGUGUAAUUGGACUGGAAGUGGUCUGGAGAUAAAUGAGGGUGAAAGAACAAUACAACAACUCAACAUGAACUGCCAAAGCGGGCAUAUCUCAUGGACCUUCCCAAGAAAUGCCCUACACAUAACAUUUUCAAAUGGAAAAAACAAAGAGCACUUCCGCCUGUGUUUGAACAUCAAAAUCCGGGGUAACGGAGCGAACAUUUACCGGGAAACGCCGGGAAAGUUAAUGCCGCUUCUCCUUGACGACAGGCCGGAGUUCGAAAGGAAUACGUUUGGAAGAGAGGUGCAUGUGCACGACGUUUUAGAGAGAUUACAGUAUGAAAGAACUUCUCCUAAAGAGGAGCAUUGUUUCGCCGCAAAGGACGGUAAAGCGAUUGUUUACGUAGAAGCAGCACCGAAUCCUUUAAGCAUUAAAUAUGAAACAACUAUUGACUAUAGAAUAGAACACUUACCGCUGUUCAGGCAUCGGUUUCACCAUGUGAAAAAAGAAUGCAGAAAGUGUGAAGGCGGUGAAAUUGUUGCAGCAUUUUGCAGUAGCGACUUUGCCAUCAAGGGUCGCAUGCUGGCCGUCACCCCGGAAGAAAGCACGAGGGAGACCUACAUCAACGUUGCCGCGGGCCGGGUGUACAGACAGAAGGACCCUGUGUUCCUGCCCGGCAAGCAUAGCCGGUACUACGGCCUCAUCACAACCCCCACGAGCUGCGGGGUUAAGAAACUCGAAGGCCACUACCUCAUGACGGGUCAGAUCGUCAUGGGGAGGGCGCAACUCGGGUGCUUGGCGCACCUGUCGGUGGUCAAGAAGGUGGCUCGAGAGGUGGACGAGGCCGGUAUCAGCCCGUGCGACCUCACACCCAUCCUUGGACACAACCAUCAUAGGUAUAUCGAAUGAACACGUGUGCAACCGAUGAUACCUUCAAAUGCUGCCUUGGCCACCCUGCGUCCCACCAUGUCCAUAAACCUCCGGUAGUCGGUCAGUGCAUGUGGGCUUUGAUUCACUGACCAAGAGGUCAAUCGCCUGUCGAAUGACCUCAGAACGACAUUUUACAGGAUGCAGCUAUCACAGAUCAGCUAAUCAUUCCAUCGGCGGACUGAUUGCUUUACAAAGUGUUGUUCUGUGUUUUUGGCCAAACCCUGAUGAAGGCCAAGCACAGAUUCUUAUCAGUGGUCUGUUUAUUUUUCCUCCAUGACCUCGGCUUCGUCUUCGUGUGAUGCUUAAAACGGCAAAACAAACAAAUCAGAUCAGUAAUUGCCUCCUUGGUGUCAUGUUCAAAUUCAGAGCAAAGUUUAAACUUUGCACCUUUUCAUUCUCAUUUCUACCAGUAUCUUUGUUUAAUGCAAGCUUAAAUUCCUCAGAGGACUGUAUAAAAGCUCCAUAAAUGGAAAGAAACCAUUAAAGCGUAAUUACACUCUUGCCUGUUCUAAGUUAAAUCAAUAAAUAUUGCAAUUCAAUUUAAUGUACAAAGCAACCCCUCUUCUCUUAUGGUCUUUUUAAUGGACCUUGCUUUAUUAAAAAAAAAACACCGCUUACAACUAAUCAAACCAGACAGCGCCAUUAUAAAAAUAUCAUUUCAUACUUCCUAUAUAAGUGUUACAAACUCCAAUCUUUUAGGCCAGAAUGGUUUUUAAAGGAAUUAAUUCCGAUCGCAAUCUAGCAAGUUGAUUGUAUCCCACGAAUUUGUUGUACCCAAUCCAAUGAAACCGAUGGAUUGAGAAUAGAGAGCCAGGUCUACCAGUCAAGAUUAUGUCAAAGGGAAUUUGAAAUCUGUAAUUUAAGCAGGGAGCCAGGGCAUUGCAUUCAGGUACACAAAGAAUGGUGACCUUUCCAACCUCACAAUGAACCAGUCAACUUUGACUAUCGGCUGUGCCCCUCCGUUCUCAGUCAAUACCCCCUCCAGGAACUUGGUACCAAGAGGAGAAAAAAAAGAUGGAGAAAGGUAGAAAGAAUUAGUCCACAGGAGAGAAGGGGAAAGAGUGGGGUGGGGGGCUAUGCCGGGGAAAGAAAAGAGUUUCUUGAACCGCGUAAUUGCAUGUAACGUCUAAAGACGACUGUUUGUGUUUAAAAUUCGGUUGCUUUUCCGUUGGAGGUAGCUCCGAUGGCCGCCCUUCCGGCCUGUGUUCCUUGCGUGUUUUGGUACAUUCAUAAUUGUUUAGAUUGGCUUUAUGCGCACUACACCUCGGCAUGAAGUUAAAUAUUAAUGGAGUGGUCUUUUAAUUAGUGUAUCACAAUAUUAUGCAUCGUACAAGUUGUAUGUCCUUUCAUUUCCCGGUUAUUGAAAGUUUCCCACAAUUCAAUCGGUAAUAUUAUUAACAAGUAGGUAGAGUACAGAGACCUACUGUAAUAUACUUCUAGUUCUAGACUUUGAAAAGUUCACUGCUAAAUCACCAUUUAAAUGGAGUAUUUGAAAACAAUUAUUUUUUCAAUAUCAGAUUAAUGCUUUAGAUCAUAGUUUUAAUGGAUAUUAUUGGAUCCAGCACAUUUGUCAAAGUGGUGAUCUAACAAUUGAAUUUUUCUCACAUCAGCCAAUGAAAAUGGUAAUUCGGCAUUCUCCUUUUUGAGAGUGUACUGUCUGAAGUACUUAUUUAGAAGCUUGCAUCAUAUCACAUCCAUAUUUGUUUAUAUUGAGCAGCUUAAGUCAUAUAUCUUGUAUUUCUCCAGUUUUGAUUAAUAAAUUAUGACAAAUAAGCAUUAUUCCACACCGUUAAUUGACAGCUAUCAUGACAUUUAUGUAUCUAUAUUGUACAUCUACCAUGAACAAAGUAAUGAUUGUGUGUUUUGGAGUGUUUCAAGCCGCAUCAAAUACAUCUUUCAGUUCAUACAAUUUCUUUUCAAUUUAUUUUAUUGCUGUCGUAUCUAUUAUUGUUUGAAGUAUGAUAUAUUUCAUCAGUGUUUUUGAUUGACCAUUUUGCAUUCAAUCCUUGCCAUUUCAUUGUACCAUAUUAUGUGAAUAUUCAUGCACUUGUGUACAAAAUAUUAUAUGGAAUUUUAACAGUAUUUAUGGUUCGAUUUACAGAACUGGCAUUUUUCCUUUCCUUUAUUAUGGUAUGUAUUAGUUAUGAAGCAACCUCAAGAUAAAAAUGAUUUGUUGUUGCAUUUUUACGAGUCCAAGGGCCUUUAUACAAAGACUUGUAAUGAUAUUAACAUCAUAGCCAUAAUGGUAACUACUAUGGAAACCUUGAAUUUUGAUUGGCUGCUGAGCCGUGUAACCAUGGUAAUUACCAUAAUGGCAAAGUUGUCAUAAUCAUAAGUCCUUUGUGAAAUGGGCCCCCAAGUUAAAUUGGAUUGUAACUUUAAAAUUCAACUUUUGCAAUUUUAUCCACACUUUAUUUGCAUUGAUGUUAACUUUGUAUUUAUACAUUAUUUUCAAGACUAUUGAUUUCCUUAGUUGAAAAGUUAUCUAAUUUUGAAUGCCACCAAUGUGGAUGAAUUUCGACUCUUUCAUGUUUUGGGGGUCAGCUCGGCUGAUGUAUUUUUUGAGACAAUGGAUUCUUUUCUUUUAGAGUAUCAAUGAGUAUUCGUCAUGUAUGGGUACCUUGAGUUUAGUACAUGUAGUCAACGGAAAUUGUAAUUGGCAAACUUUAUUGAAAAAUCAUUAUCUGACAAAAAAAAAUGUUUUACUUUUUUUUAUAGAUUUUAAAAGUUGUUUUUAUAUUCAGCAAUUGUUGAGCUGCUUUUGUCUCACAAACACAUGAUACACCAGUGCAUUGAUUUCUGUCUGAAUUUAUUAGUGAUGAGCACUGCUUUCUUAUCACUUGUUAAUAUAUCCCAUCAUCUUCACAUGUAGUCCCAUUGCAUGAAUUCCCUGCAGGAUUUUUUUGGACACAUACACAUGUAACGUAAUGACAAAGUGGGUCAUGGAAUUCUGUGCAUAAAGUGUGCGACUUGGGAGUCAUCACUUGUGUGAGAAUUGUACUCAGAGGCAUAGAACUUGGAAGCACUUGUACUUUCCUGGUAUAAUAGGACCCUUGCUUAAACCAAUGUUGGGUUACAAAAGAUGCUCUUCGCUUCUCUUUUUACCCAUCUCUGUUGAUCAUAUCCCUCUGGGCUGCGAGAAGGUAAAGGAGAAAAAGAGCUUGGAGAAAAGAAAAAAAAAGUACAAAUCACUAGACAAGAUUAUGACAAUAAUUGAAGCAGCAGAGAAGAGCCUUAGGAUGGUCUUUGACGAGGGGAACCGCAAGGUCGGGACGAUAGGUUUCAAUCGAUGGCACGCUUUGUGAUCCAAACCAAAUUAUUAGAUCUCAGAAUGACUUGUCCCUUCAAGGGCUAUUCCCCCAUCCCCCUGUAGCAUCGGUGUAUCUGAGGCCUUUGUCCUCACCAUGUCAUACUCGUUUCCUAUUCUUCGCCCGUUGUUUGCAAACAAUCGCCCGGUAUAUGGAAGCCAGUCGUUGGGGUUGCCGUCAGAGGAGUUCUGCUGAUGAGUUCUUUUGUUGCGAUCUCCCCUUGAUAUAAUUAUAUUCUGUGAUUGCCUCCAUGCACUUUAAAUAUCGUAAAAUGUGGAGAUGAAUUCACUUCAUACUCACUCUGCUACAAUACAAUUCCGUGGGACAUGUUGGUAUUUCUCAAUUAGUGUUGCAAAUUCUUGCAUUUUCCUGAGAUAUAUUAGUGUUAAAAUAUGACUAUUCGCCCACCUUUUCGGAUCGACUUUGGUAUUUCUCUCAAUAAAUAGGGUACAAUGAGUAACACUUACAAAAGAUUAAAUUGGAAUGCCAAUUGAGUGGCCCUGUUACAUUCCAAAAUGUGUGUAGCAUUAUCAAAGUAUGAUAAAAAACUUGUCUUUGGUGGCGCUCAACAUUCUUUUCCUUUCAAGUUUCUCAAAUCAAAGCAAGAUUUUGAAAGAGAUUCAACUUGAAAACAAUAUCAUAUACAUGCAUGAUUAACAAAUACUUCAUUAUUUAACUCUAAAAGGACUUGGGGAUCAUGAUGCCCCCAACGAUUUACUUAGCUAUUCCAAAACGGAUAUAAUGCUGCAAAAUUAUCUUAUGUUUUCUUUGAAGUCCCAUGCAACUUUCGUUACCAAAUUUGCAACAUACAUAUAUGGCAUCAUGAUAUCACAGGACAUUAUUUGCAGAAAAUGACGUGCCAAAUUGGCCAAAUCUAUUGUAAGAUGAGAUUCAUAAAAAGGGUAAUUAUUUUUCAUUCUAAAUGGUCUGUUUAAUUAAUGGGGGGUGGGGGUGAUGUUGUUUCCUUUUAAUAUUGCAUCAAGCAUAAGCACCCAUGCAAUCUUUCCUGAAUCGGUAUCCAUCCUGAAUUGCCACUUCUUAAUAAAAUCUGCAUCAUUUUUCAAUUCAACCAAAGACAACCUGUUUCAGAAUCCAGCGCACUUGUUGUACUUAAUCAGCGUGUGGAUUGGUCUUGAUGAGCUGUUAAUGGACAAAUAAUUUCAUAUAUAUUUCCCUCUUGGAUGCUGGCAAAAUAAAAGGCACGAACCUUCAGUAAUUUGCUUCAUUUUUUGCCAAUUUGAGGAUCAACAAAAGGCCCCUGCUGCAUCCAUCGAAGCAUGGUAGGCCGUUCUCACUGCCAUCAAGAGUUUGCAUCGGUUUCACUGAGUCUCAUAUGCGAGGGUGGUAUCGGGUUGCAUAGCCCCAGCAUGAUAGAAGAUGAGAUGGUGAAGACUGGAAACAUUUAAACUUGGCCGGGUGAACAGGCCCCCGAUGGCAUCAGCCCGGUAUGAGGGACGUAACCUUGUCUCUGGUUGUUUUGUCUCACUUACGUAGUAGAGCGAUUAUCAUGGACCAAUUGUGCAGACAAUGGGAUUUCCGCUCCACUGUGUCUAUACCAGAUCAGGAUCGUAAUUGCGUCAAAAUCCACAAACGGGGGGAGAGAGCUGAGCCCUGCCAUGCUGGAUGGGCAAGGAGACUCACCCCCACGCCAGAGUGCACUUGGCGCUGUUUUAGGCCUCCCCCUAUUGUCCUCCGGUUCUGGGGGGAACCCUGAAUGAGAGGGUAGCUGGGGUCUAUCAUUGGGUUUUAUUGUGCGGCCCUAACCACCAAAGUCUCUCUCACAGUGGGACACCACAGGAUCACAAAAAUCUAUUUUAAGAAUAAUAAAAAAAAAUGUUCUUACUCUAAUUUGAAUUAUGCCAAUUGAUUUACACAAAGAGAUCCUUCCUCUCUUGUAUUUACCCCACCCCAUCACUCUUUUCUAAAUGAAGCUGUGUAUGUUAGGACUGCUAUACCGAUACUGCCAAGUUUAUUGGUUUCCAUGAAACAUCAAUAGUUCCAAAAGAACAAAACAUUGAAAUUUUUGCUCAAAAUUAUAAAUCAGUAAAGUUUGCCAAUUACAGUCAUUUCAUGCCAAGUUCUCUUCACUCUAAUGAUUAUUGCAUUGAAUUACAAGCAGGGCAAUUCCACACAAUAAUCAACCUUCCGUACAUCCGACCCCCAUUUUUCUCAAGUUUUAUUUCACUUCAUAAACUGACCAACUCAUGGUCCUUUGAGAAGAUUACAGACUGUCAAAAGAACAAGAAAUCAGAGACAGAAAAGUAUCAUGAAGGUUACACAUAUAGGGGGUUGGACGUACAUAUUUUAUGGACUUGCCCAGUAGCAAUUCCCUGAAUAUUGUAGCCAUGUCAAAUAUCAAUCACGCACUUAUGCUUUUUUAAUGCAACAAUUUACUUUUAGAUUUAACAAAAUGUGUAUGAACAGCCACUUGUUAUUCAUUGAGUGGCUUUAGGAAUUAUGUGCAUGUUGUGUAUUAUACUGUAUCAUAAACUCGCUCUAGUCUAUUUAGGCCUUUGUAAAAUUGUAUAAAAGAAAUGUUCAUCUACAUACUGCCUGUAUUUAUACCACUGCCAUUACAGUAUUCAAAUCCUUUAAAAAGGGAGAAAAAUAUCAUGUUUAAUUUUUUUUGUUACGAAUUACUCUCCGGGCACACAUUAAGUGUGAGAGAAAGUAGAUAGUAGAAUACCUGUACAUGUAAGUCCUAUUUUUCCUACAUUAAAAUACAAAUUCUGUGUUAUACCUCAUUGCAUGCCUCUAUAUUUUUUCUUUGGUCUAUGUAGAUUUUGUUUUGAGACCUCAAAAAUACUUUGGUAUCGUGAACAAUGGUAACUGCCAUUGUAGUGGUAGUAAAUAAAAAAUGUAUGAAUAGAAACUAUUUUGAUGUGUAUGUUCUAAUGUAUCUCAAGGUUAUGCCAUUUGAAAUGAUAGUUAUUUUGAUUUUGAGGUUUAUGUGUAUUUCUUUUCCUGGUUCAUAUAAUCACAGUUGCAGUUAUCAAAAUUACAGUUUUCUUAUCAAUGCAAGAGGCAAACCAAUCAGUAUUUAUUUUCAAAUUCAACUUCAUAUCAGUAAAUCUAAUUUAUGCAUUUUACGUUUUAAUGACAUGGCUUAAACUUGGGUUCUAGUAGUCAAUAUCAAUGUCAUUACAUUUCAAUUUUAUUUAAUUUACUGAGUAACACAACAGACCAACACCUCUACUACUGCCAACUUGUCAUCCUCUGAAAAUUGUUUCAAAUUACGAAUGAUUCCACUUUGCUUUUGGAUUAGUGGUGAAAGCGUUUUGAUUGAUGUGAGCCAGUACUUAAUCACUUCUUGUGCUUUUUCAUCAUCCAAAAGGCCACUUUCAUUUAUUAACAUUGAUCGAAGCGUGAAGCAUGUUUAGAGGUUCAUAAUUAGAGGAAUAGCUUGUGAUUGUGCAUUUCAAUAUUUUUUUGUGCAUCAAAAUUCAUCUUUUAGUAUUGUUAGUGGCAUGUCUAAUAAGCUAUCAUGUGUGUUUGAUAUUUAGAGGAGCGUGACUGCUGCAAAAUAGAAAUGAUUUAAACUGACCUGGUACUAUUCAGUGUAAUUGCGAAGCAUGAGAAUGCCAAAUGUCACACAGAAUUCCACGCUCUAUUCUCCUCCAAAAUGGAUACUCUCUUAAUUUCAAGGAUUUGAAAUUAAUCCAGAUUGGAUGUGAAUGUUGACCAGUCAAAUAUUGGAUUUAUUUUUAAUCUUAAGGAUUAACUUUCAAAUCUCUAAAGAUUUAAAUUCAAUUCUCAAAAUAUUUAAAUUCAAAUCUCAAAAGAUAUAAAUUCAAAUCUUUUUUCUUUAUAUUUUAAUCCAUAAGGUUUAAAUCUAAAUCCAAUCUGCACAUGUAUUCAUGUCUUACAUGGAGAGAGAGUCGCAUAUUAUUGCUGAUUAUUUUAAAUAUUGUAAUUAUAUUGCUUAGUUAUCUACAGAGUAGCCUAUCUAGGCAGAGAUAAAAUUCAUUUUCUAUAACUCUUUUUAGAUUUUGCCCUCUGUUAUUUUAAAUUUAAAUUUCACAUGUCUUGAUAUUACUGCAUUUGGAGUGUGAGCUUUUGCAGUAUUUAUACAUGUAGUUAGCAACAAAUAUAUUAUUUAGUUUUCAAGACAAGAAGGAUUGCUAAAGUAGUGUACACAACCAUGCUUUCUUCCUUUCUUAAAACAAUCUUUGAGCAGAUGCAUGGUUUGAAUUGUAGAAAAUUAAUCAAAGAUUAUAUCAGAAUGUAUUUUUUUCUUUAAAAAGAAGUGAAUUAUUAGAAUUAUCAAUUUUUCAUUUUAUUAGAGUUGUAUCUUCAGCAUCAUUUCAGGAAACAAACUUUUCACUCAAUCUUUACAAAGUUAUUUUUCAAACUUAAUGAAAGAGAUAACGUGCAUGCUAUCAUUAUUUUUAAACUGCCAUUUUUUGUUGUAUAAACAACCAUUUAAUGUGUCUUAGAAAUUGGUUUAUAACAUUUGUGUAUUUUGAAAAUAACGUUGCCUUUUAUCAUUGUAAAGUAAGCAUUUUCAACAGUUAUGUAAAUCAGUUUACUCUUAACAAAUAAAUAUGAUGAGGUAAAAGCAAAUAAUAAAUAUAUUCAAUACAUUAAUCUUA